GUCACCAUCACCAACAAAACACGUCCGGUUUGUCAACACAUAGAGCUAGACGUGCAAUUAAAAAAAGAUGCCACCGCGACACCACACGCUGCCCCCCGCGCAGACUAGCUCGGCCAGAGAGGCCCAAAAGUCCUUUUACUGCGAGCUCUGCGCAAAGGGCUACACGCGCAUGAACGACUACGAAGCACAUCUCAGCAGCUAUGAUCACAGCCACAAGCAGCGCCUCAAGGACAUGAAGGCCAUGGUCCGCGACUCGUCGGCCGGUGCCAGAGCGCGCAAGGCUGACGACAAGGCCGGCGGACUCUUGAGCAUCAAGCUACCCAGCAGUGGAGCGGGCGCUGCAAAUACCACUGCCGGUGCAGGAUUCAAAAAGGGAGGUUUUAAAAAGAGCGGCUUCAAGAGCACAAUGGCUCCUAUUCAGGGUGCUACGGUGCCUGUUCCUCAGCCUACUCAACAACCUACUGCUGCUGCUGCUGCUGCUGCUGCUCCAGCGAAGUUGCCAAUGGCUACUGACGAAAGCGACACCGAAGACGAAGGCUACGAAGUCUACGACCCUCGAUACCCGACCGAUUGAAGACAUGUUAAAAAGAGAGAUGCGAUUCUUGCUUCAUUCAUACAUCGUCACGACAUAAACUACGACACUUUUCUUGGUAUCAAGGCCACACCAAAUCAAACACCCCCAGGAAAAAAAAAGGUUAUAACGCCAAACCACUCCGACAGUAUUUUUAUGCUUCGCUUUACAUGCCAUUGCCCUGCUGCAUCCAUCGAUACGAUUCAAUAUUCGACAAAUCAGCUUCUAGCAGACCAACCAUGUUUCGGUUGCCCGAGAACCAGUCCGCAAUCUGCGCCACUUGGCUGCUAUUCUGCACAGAUGCCGCGACAUCUUGCUGCCCAGCGGCCGUGUUUGCGCCGCCGGCAUUGCCCAUGGUAUGGUCCUCCAUGGGAAUCAGGCCCAGCUGGCCCAUAUACAUUUCAAACUCGUCGCCCAUGGGCACGAAGCCCUGGUCCUGUGGGUGCUGCGUCUUGGUCUCGACAUAGAUAGCCAACACGUCGUACAUGACUUGGCACAGACGGUACAGCUUCUCCAUGGCCUCGGACGAGUCGCGGGUUAGCGCUAGUGACGCGGCAAAUUCCUUGAGCAUCAGCAUGUCUUCGGCUGAUAGUGUCUCAAUGACGUAGCAGAAGAGCACAAAGAAAGGCGCAAAGGGAGUGACGAGCAAGUUCCUGGGAAAUCGUGCGUUAGUUAAGCGUCAUUUUCAUAGGGAAACGGGAAGAGAUCCUACCAGUGUACAUAGGUUGCUUUUGUAAAGCUCGUCAGAUCAAUCUUGCUCACGCAGUCAUGAUGGGCACGGAUAGCCAUACGAGCCGCAUCCAGACACUCUUCGCUAAAGCGGCUUGGCGAGCCUUCGGGCGAUGGAAUCACACGAUACGCCAGCGUUAGCGUGACGUAGAACUGCACCUCGUCGCCACGGAUAAACAAGUCGACCAUAUCGGAGCAGUUCUUCUUCUCCAUGUACUCGUAUGCGCGUUUUCUCGACAUGGCGGCGCGAUCUUCCAAUCGCAGAAUGUCUUCAGCCAGUGCUCUAGCACGCGUGGCAAGCGUUGCAGGGGGACAUGCCAGCGCAGCAGGACUAUAUCUGUAGUGUAUGUUAGCAGCUGUAACUGCAAUUAGACAGACAAAUAGACGCUUGUUCUUACAAAAGUUCGUAAAUACGGCCCUGGAGACCGCUUACUUCCACCCACAUGGUAGGCACGCUGUCCGCGCCGGCUGGGCCAAAGUCGUCAAACUCAAACUCGCGGGCAAUGGAGAUGUCACAUUCCUGGAUGGACGAGGCACGGCCUAAGCGCAGACCUAGUGACUUAUCUACAGUAUAAAUGUGCCAAAAGAUGAUGCGCUUGAUGCGUGCAAUGUGCGGUGGGUUGUCCUUGAGAGCUUCGGCACGAUGGAAGCCGCCAGUAAUGCAGAGCUGGGCGCCGGCUGAUGCAAAGUGCCAAGCAGCUGUUGGUCGUGAGACGUCUACUGAGUAGAGACA